UUCGGUCUACGAUACCGGUCGACACGAUGUCGUUGCCGCGGGGUGUCGGUCUCGGUGUCGACGUGGGACAAUUGAUGCAACACCAACAGCAACAGCAGCAGCAUCACGUGUUACCGGCCGCGUUCUUUCUACGUGCCAGUGCCGAGAGAUAUCAGAGGACACCAAAGUGCGCGAGAUGUCGGAACCACGGUGUCGUGUCCGCGUUGAAGGGGCACAAACGGUAUUGCCGUUGGCGGGACUGCGUGUGUGCGAAAUGUACCCUGAUCGCCGAGAGGCAACGAGUCAUGGCUGCUCAGGUUGCGUUACGGAGGCAGCAGGCCCAAGAGGAGAGCGAGGCGCGCGAGUUGGGUCUGCAACUGCAGUACAAUGCGGGCAGCUGCAAUACCGCCCCCGUUCUCCCUGGCGCGGGUACCGGGAGCACGCCAGCUGGCAGCCCACCCCCGCACCCGGCCCACGUAGCAAGUCCAGCCGGUCUGGCGAUUCCUGCGGCGGCGGCGGCCGCAGCCGCAGCCGCGGCAGCACACAUCCAGACCCAGCUACAGCACCAGCAGCCCGAUUGCGGGCUGAUGCAACGGAAGAGGCUGCCGCAGGACGAGUACCGACAGCCGAAGCUCGAGAAACAGGAACCGAUCGGCGGUGGAAUUGCAGGCACAAAGAGGUCGAGAAUCUCUGAGAGCACUACGGGAACAAUGCUCUCCACGAGCGACACCGGUAACGAAGACGACCGUGACUCCGAUUCUGGCGGGGAACUUCUUGCUGACCGUCCAUUGGGAGUACCAACGUCGGUCGGAUUGACGGAGAACGAGACGACAAUGAAACGGUCCAGUAGUUUAAAUGAUUCCGAGGAGGGAAGUCCGGAUCCAGGCUCGCAGAGCCCGACUCACACGCCUCCGCUGACGCCAGCCCUGACGCCUCAACGAGAGGACACACCAGCGCCGGAAAACCUCAGUCUUCGUAAAAGUGGAAGUCCACAACAAACGCAACAGACACUCCAACCGGUGGAUCUGGUGCAACCUAGACCUAGCCCACCGUUACCUUCGCUGGCGGCUGCAGCGACGGCGGUUCAUUUCCCUCCAUAUGCGCCACUCUACGGGCCAGCGGCCAGUUCUCUCUACUGUUCACCGGCCCUCUACCAGCAUCAGCACCACCAUCACAUUCCGGAGCAUCGGGAGAUCCAAAUGCAGAUGCAGAUGCAGAGCAUCCAGCAAACCUGUGGGCUGCAGUUACAGCAGCAACAGCAGCAACAACAACAGCAACAACAACGGUCCCCGGUAGACGUUUUGCUGAGAGUGUUUCCGGGAAGACGUCGCGCGGAUGUCGAGGCUCUGCUGCAUCGAUGCAAAGGCGACGUGGUCUCCGCUAUGGAGGUGUUGGUCUGCGAGGACAGUCUACAGCCGAAGUCCGCGUUCUCCCCAUUAGCUGGUGCCCUCGCCUCGGCCGCAGCGGCGUCCGCCUCGGUUUCCGCUGCCGCAGCUUACGCUACGCGUGCUGCGUACUGCACGACACCGAUCCCCUCGACCAGACACCGUUUCCUCGCCGCCCCGUACGCCGGGACCGGUUACCUGCCCACUGUGAUCAAGCCACCCAAUCAGAGCCUGCACGCAGCGGCGAACGGGACCGGGGACGCCUAUCGGGAGACCAGUCCCGACGACGCCAGCGACAAGACCAGCUACUCCGAGUGACCGGACGACACCCAGCAGACGGCCACCUGGUCCUACCUGCAAUAGUAGCCACGAUGUAAGGGGAGCCUGGAUCCGAAGAAGAGGACACUUCGAUUUUCGAAUGGAGAAAAAUGGCGCCCGCGAAACCACGAUCCAGGAGUUAGACAUGGAUCUGGAGAAAGGGACACUUCGAUUUUCGAAGGGAAAAAAUGGCGCCUGCGAAACCACAAGGUUCCAGCGACGAUCUAGGAAUCAGACUUGGACCUAAACAAGAGGACACUUCGAUUUUCGAAGGGAAAGAAUGCCGCCUGCGAAACCACAAGCUUCCAACGGUAAUCCAGGAGUUAGACUAAGACCUGAAAGAGGGGGCAGUUCGAUUUUCGAAUGGAGAAAGAUGGCGCCAGUGACACCAAGCGCUUCCAACGACGAUCCAGGACUUAUUUGGAUCCUCUAAAGGCUCUGGG